AUGGAGAAGAAGCUCGGAUUCAUCUCCGCGAUGUUGAUUUGUCUUCUCGUCGUUGAUUUCGCACUCGCUCAGGAGGUUUCGCCUCGAAAAUCUCCGGCGCCUUCACCCGUGCCCGAAGCUCCGGCAGAUGAUUCUCCUCCUCCCCCUUCUCCCCCUCCUCCGUCGCAGGCUCCGUCGCCAGCACCCGAAGCCCCGGCGGAUUCCCCUCCUCCGCCUCCGCCCCCUCCGACGGCGCCGGAAUCCCCGAUCUCGACGCCGGCACCGGCUCCAGCUCCGAUAUCGGAAUCUCCGGCACUAUUGCCUCCGGCAGACGAAGACUACGAGACAGAGACUCCGUAUCCUCCUUCUCCGGCGCCGAGUCCAGGGGGACAAGUGGAGUACAUAACAGCGGCCGACGAGGAAGAGGGAGGAGGAGAAGGGGGAUCUCAGGAGGGAGGGAUGAGUAGCGGGAAGAAGGCGGGGAUAGCGAUCGGAGUGGCGAUGGGUGUGAGUGCGGUGGCCGUCGGUGGAUUUGUUUACAAGAAGCGAAGGGACAACAUGAGAAGGGCUCGGUACGGAUACUACGAACCCAGCGAUUUUCUUUGA